GAGAAUUCAGAUAUUUCUUUCUCACACAAGCUCUUGCAUUCAUUGUAUUGUUCUUGGUGUUUUGCAACUCAGAACAAUGGGCUUCCGUUUACCAGGUAUUAGAAGGGCAUCAUUUGCUGUAACCCAAGCAGCUUCCAAGGCUGUGGAAGUCCCAAAAGGCUAUCUUGCAGUGUAUGUUGGAGAGAAAAUGAAGCGGUUUGUGAUUCCCAUUUCAUACUUGAAUCAACCUUCAUUUCAAGAAUUACUAAGCAAAGCAGAAGAAGAAUUCGGAUAUGAUCAUCCAAUGGGUGGUCUCACUCUCACAAUUCCUUGUAGGGAAGAAGCUUUCUACCUCACUUCUCGCUUUAAUGGGCUAUAA